AUGGCAGAUUUUGCUAAAUCAAUAUUCGGGUUUGGGAAUUAUAAGAAGGAAUCAUCAUCGCAAUCACCGACUCCACCGCCAUCGGCUUCGUCAUCACAACAACAUACUCAUUCACAACAAUAUUAUCAAGUAGACCAUCACAAAUCUCAAGGCAUGCAACAAGAUUAUCAACAAUUCACUCCAGAACCAUCUCAACAACAACAACCAGGCACAAAAUUCUUCCCUAAAGGACUCGCAAGUGCUACACCAACAACAGCGAUUUCAAGUGACCCAUCGGUAUAUGGUACAACGACUUCCAAUACAAAUAACUAUUCGGAAACUUAUUUAAAUCAAACUUUUAGAAACAACAACAGCAUCUACUCCAGUAGCAACCCCAAUGCAAGUAACUACCUCGGUGCUCAAUUUCAACCACAACCAGGUUCCGACCAAGCUUUGAAUACUGUAUCUGAAACAGCUCCAAUCAAGGGUAAAUUAAAAGUCACCAUUAUAGAAGCUAAAAAUAUCUCUGCUACUCAUCCUUAUGUUGUGUGUAGUUUUGAAAGUUCAGAAUUUGUUACUAAUCCUCCGGAUUCUUAUGGUAAAUCCCCAAUUAAUCCAAACCAAGCCAAUGGCCCUAAAAACAUGUACAAUUCAAACCAUGGUCCAAAAGCUUUACCAAUGAAAAAUUCACAACAGAGACCAUCCUUAUACCAGAGACAAUCUUCUACUCAACAUUUAAAUGUACCAAAUGACACUUCCAAUCCUAUUUGGAACCAUGAUACAAUUUUUGACGUUGUUGGACUGAAAUCAGAAUUGGACAUUUCUAUAUAUGAUGGUGGUAGAGAUGACGCAUUUUUGGGUCAUGUUAGAAUUUCUCCAUCUUGCAACACCAAAAGUAAACAAAGCGGUUGUGAGUGGUUGCAACUUGGAGCAAGAAUCACUGGUGAAACAGUAUCAUCUGGUUACAUCAAAAUCAAAUGGGAAUACACUGCAAUUGAUACUAAUCAAAUCAAAACUUAUGGUCCUCAAGAUUUCCAAUUCUUAAGAUUACUUGGUAAAGGAACUUUUGGACAAGUUUUCCAAGUGCGUAAAUAUGAUACCAAUAGAAUUUAUGCCAUGAAAGUUUUAUCUAAAAAAGUCAUUGUUAAAAAGAAGGAAAUUGCCCACACCAUUGGUGAAAGAAACAUUUUGGUUAGAACAUCUGCUGCAUCUUCUCCUUUUAUUGUUGGUUUGAAAUUUUCUUUCCAAACUCCAACUGAUUUGUUUUUAGUUACUGAUUUCAUGUCUGGUGGGGAGUUAUUUUUCCAUUUACAAAAAGAAGGAAGGUUUAUUGAGGAUCGUGUUAAAUUCUAUACUGCAGAAUUGGUUCUUGCUUUGGAACAUUUACAUGACAAUGACAUUAUUUAUCGUGAUUUGAAACCAGAAAAUAUUCUUUUGGAUGCUAAUGGUCAUAUAGCUUUAUGUGAUUUUGGUUUAUCUAAGGCAGAUUUGGAUGGUACUACCAAUACCUUUUGUGGAACUACAGAAUAUUUAGCACCAGAAGUCCUUCUUGAUGAAACUGGUUAUACAAAAUGUAUUGAUUUCUGGUCACUUGGUGUGCUAAUCUUUGAAAUGAGUACUGGUUGGAGUCCUUUCCAUUCAGAUAGUACUCAACAAAUGUAUAAAAACAUUGCUUUUGGUAAAGUACGUUUCCCAAAAGAUGUACUUUCUUCAGCUGGACGUAGUUUUGUCAAAGGUUUAUUAAACAGAAACCCUAAACAUAGAUUGGGAGCUGUUGGUGAUGCUAGAGAAUUAAAGAAUCAUCCAUGGUUUGCAGAUAUUGAUUGGCAUCAACUUUAUCUUAAAAAUAUUCCACCUCCUUUCAAACCUCAUGUCUCUGGUGAAACUGAUUUUAGUAAUUUUGAUACCGAAUUCACUUCAGAAGCUAUUAUUCCUGGUGUAUUAGUAAGUGGAGCAAGUGGUACACCAAUUUCACCAGGAAUUCAACAACAAUUCCAAGGUUUUACUUAUGUUAAUCCAGGUGCAUUAGAUUCUGCCAUUGCUGCUGGAAAUUUAACUGUGUCUGGUGAUGAUAAUGAAGAAGUUAUUGAAGAAGAAGAAGAGGACGAAGAUGAAGAAAUGCAACCAGCAGAAGAAGAUGAUGAUUUGAUUUUCAGCUUGUAG